AUGCUUUUGAGGGAAUUAGUGGAACCUGCACGGAAGCUUCUUCCCGGGUCCCCUUACCUGAAUCCGAAUCCCGCCAUCUCCGCGCCACCAUCAUUCAGGGAGAAGGGUUUCACCAAGCCUUUCUCCCCUCCUAUCUUUACCCCUCUUCCCGAAUCCCGCCAUCUCCGCGCCUCCAUCACUCAGGCCGUCUCUAGCUUCGUUGCCUCCUCCUCGCAAGUCAAUCCUUCCCAGCUGCCACUGCUCGUAUCUGCCUUCUUCCAGAGCAGGCCACAAGUAGCAGGAGUGGUAAAGGGUGCUCGGAGGUGGAGUGCGGUGCUGCAGGGUGCGCUGCCGACGCUGAGUGCGGGGCUGAGUGCAUGCGAGUGCUCACAAGACCUCCUGCCUCCACCAAAGAAGCCAAGCUCCAGCACUGUCUCGUUCCGCUCCUCCUUCACGUUGCCUCCCGGCUUGUCACUGCCACAGCACAUCCGCUCCACCCUCACUCUCUCACUCCACGCAGCACCAACACCCAUCCCCAUCAUUCAACCACCUUUCAACCGCAACAGCCAUCAACCACUCAAGCGCAUCCGCUCCUCCGCACACAUCCCUUCUCAGUCCCAGUCCGCCUCCACACGAGAAGGAGGAGGAUUGCCAGGGGAUGGUUGGAGUGGUGGAAAGAAUGGGAAGGAUGUGAAGGAUGGGAAGAAGGGAGCUAUGUCAAGUCCGGCAUGGGAAGAGGUGUUGAUGGCAGAUGGUGAAGGCAAGGGAGUGAAGUUUGAAGACAGGGGGAGGGGCGGGGGUAGCAUCAGUGAGGGCGGUGAGAGCAGUGAGGAUGGGGACAGCGAGGGCAGUGACAAUAGUGGGAGUGAGCUGUUGAGUCAGGAGGGCAAGAAGAGCUGGGUGCAGUGGUGCUUGCCGCCCCCUCGGGACGACUACCGGGACAAGGAGUUCAUUCAGGGCAAGAGGAGCUGGGUGCAGUGGUGCCUGCCGCCCCCUCGGGACGACUACCGGGACAAGGAGUUCAUUCAGAUCGAACGAGGCCCAUUAGCUCUUCACCAGGCCUUCAUUCAGAUCCUCUCCGCCGACCCAACAGCCCUCCGAACUGGAGGCUUGGACGUCCGGUUCACAGGCGAGGGUGGCGCUGCAGGUCCGGGAGUGCUUCGGGAGUUCUUCGCCUUCGUUCGGGCUCACCUCUUCGACCCGAACCUGGGCCUCUUCUCUCCCGUACCUCACGACCCGAGCCGGUUCUCCCUCUCCCUGGCGUCCCGAGCCAACCCUGCCGAAGCUAAGGAGUACCUUCGGUUCGCCGGACGUAUCCUGGCCCUCGCUUUGGCCCAUCAGGUCCCCUUAGGAGUGAAACUGUCACGGUCCCUGUUUGCGCUGCUUGCUGCUCGCACUCCCUCCCUUGCUGAUGCUGCUGCUGAUGAUCCCCAGCUAGUAGCCAGUUGUCGGUCUUUGCUGGCCAUGGCUGAAAGGGAGAGGGAAGAAGCAGCACAGGGAGGAGGAGGAAGAGAAGGAGGAGGAGGAAUAGAGUCACUGUGUCUCACCUUUGUGGCAUCUGUAGAGGAUCCGAUGGGCGGCCCGCCAAUCGAAGCAGAGCUCGUGCCAGGUGGCAGCGAGCGAGUGGUCGGUGCGGCUGACGUGGCGGAGUUUGUGCAGCGGAUGGUGCAGUUUAGAGUGUGCGGGGUGGUGGAGGAGGAGGGAGAGGCGUUGCGGCGAGGCAUGGAGGAUAUACUGGGGAGCGGAGGAGGGCGGGAUGUGGUUCCAGGGAAGGGGGAUGCAGUGGAAGGAAGGGAAGGGAUGGAAGGGAAAGGAGGGAUGGAAGGAAGUGUAGGGGCUCAGAGAGGGUUGGGAGGUGGUGUUGGAAGAGGUGACAUGGAAGGAGGCGAUGGGCUGCAGACGCCACUCCAGAAAAGUGAUGAUUGCUGCAUUGAUUCGGUUGAAGGCGUGAGUCUCGCGGCCAUGCUCGCCCCGCUUUCAUGCGACGACCUCCAUCUGCUUCUUCACGGGGAGGACCGCCAUGUGGCGGUCUCUGAUUGGCAGGCGCACACGGUCUACCACGGGUAUUCUCCAGAAGAUUCCCAGGUUUUGUGGUUUUGGGAAGUUGUGGAAUCGCUUUCGGGUGAGCAGCGGAAGUCGCUGCUGUUUUUCGCGACUGCUGUUUCGAAACUGCCCGUGAACGGAUUCAAGGGGCUGGCGAUGGGGUUUCAUCUGCAUCGGGCAGAUGUGGAUCUUUCCCGCCUGCCCACGGCACACACGUGCUUUCACCAGUUUCUGCUGCCGCCAUAUGAGAGCAUAGAGAUGAUGCGUACGCGCUUGCUCAUUCUCGUGAGCUCGUCAUAUAUUGUUCAUAGCUUUGGCUUUGCAUGA